AUGAAGUUCACCAUCCUUGCUACUACCCUGGCCGCUGCCACCACCGCCAUCGCCGCUCCUUCCACUGCCAAGCGCGAUCUCUACCCUAUCUCCGUGACCGACCUGACCGCAAGCUACUACGAUCAAUCCAAGCCCGAAACUACCCUGGUCAACUUCAAAAUGAGCGACCCCAACACCAACAUCGACACUUCCUGCAAUGCUCACUGGUCCGUCGGCCAAGCAGCAACCAUCAAAUUCAACUGCUCCGACCCAAGCUACCAGCUGAGCUUCCCGAACGGCAUUUACAAUGUCGAAGACUUUUUGAUUGAGAUCUCACGUCCUGAUGGCUCCGAGUCUGGCAAGGCUCGUGCCUAUGGUACUUCGUGGAAGUGUGAGAAGCAUGACGGAUAUCCCUCUGAGACUUGUGCUUGGGAUGGUGUGUUCCAUGUUGGUAUUGGCCAGUGA